CGCGCGCUUGAAUGCGCUUCCGCAUGGAUGUUGUUUACAACAGAUUUCACUGAGUUGUUAUGAUGAUCAAGACAGAAAAGACUUUGUGUUUAAAAAGUUCUCGUGGUGGGAAAGUUCGUGUCGUCCGAGAACACUAUCUGAGGGAGAAUGUGCCUUGUUAUAACCAGCUCUGUCAAGCUGCUUGUGAGAACGAAGGCAAAACUCUGUCCGAACAGCUGACUCACUAUGUGGUGCCUGACGCUGGCGUGGUGCGUGAUUUCCUGGAAGUGCUGGAGUUCCGAGAGCUUCAGGGGAUUGUGUUCAUGCAGACUGCCUGUCAUGCAGCACAGCACAGUCGAGGGCGCAGGCUGUACAACCGGCUGCGCAGCUUGCUGAAGGACCCAAGGCAUGACUGCAUUCACUUCGCCAACGAGUUCCAGUUGUACUCCUACUGCCCACGGGAGAGAGGAGAGACACAAGAGAAAUGGCAGAGCAGGAGUAUCUACAAUGCUGCAGUGUGGUACCACGACCAUCUGGCCGGCCUGAGGCCAGUGGUGAUGAUCACGGAGGAUAAGGAGGCCAUCGCAGAGUACAGCAGCUGCACCAGUGGGGUCUACGUCAUCUCUACCAAGGAGUACCUGGAGACGUUUUGGCCCGACCUGAAAGCUGCCCAGGAGCUGUACUGCUCCAUAGCUCAGGCCCUGCUGGAGAAAGAGAGCGAGAGCACAGAGAGGGAGUACACAGAACACCUGCCUGCUGAGGUGCUGGAGGCUGGCAUCAAGUCAGGCAGGUUCAUCCAGGGGAUCCUUAAUGUAAACAAACACAGAGCUCAGCAAGAGGCCUUUGUGCGGUUUGAAGGCUCUGCAAAUAAGAACACAGAUCUGAACAGCGAUAUCCUGGUGUGCGGAGGGAAGCACCGUAACCGUGCGGUGCAUGGGGACCUGGUGGCCGUGGAGCUGCUGUCGUCCAGGGAGUGGAGAGGCCGCACCACCGCCCUGCAGGAGGGCGUGGGGGAGGACAAGGCUGGAGGAGGAGGAGGAGGAGGAGGAGGAGGAGGAGACGAGAGCCAGGUGCAGAGCCAGACGCAGAGCCAGCCCAUGCCCACAGGCAAAGUGGUGGGCAUUCUGCAGAGGAACUGGCGGGACUACGUGGUGACCUUCCCCCCCUGGGAGGAGGUGCAGUCCCAGAGCCGCAACUCGCAGCGCAUCCUGGUCAUCCCCUACGACUACCGCAUCCCCAAGAUACGCAUCAGCACCCAGCAAGCUGAGGCCCUGCAGGACCACAGAGUGAUCGUGCGUCUGGACUCGUGGGAGAGCACCUCUCUCUACCCUAAUGGCCACACGGUGCGGGUGCUGGGCAAGUCAGGAGAGCUGGAGACCGAGGUCCAGACCAUCCUGGUGGAGAACUGCAUACAAGUACCUCAAUUCUCUGAGGCACAGCUGCGGGAGAUGCCUACCAACUCCACUGAGCAUCCCUGGAGGGUGGAGGCAGGGGAGGUGAGCUCACGGCUGGACCUGAGGGACACACACCUGGUGUUCAGCAUCGACCCUAUAGGCUGCGAGGAUGUGGAUGACACCCUGUCCGUACGCCUGCUGCCCGGCGGCACACGGAUGGAGCUGGGGGUCCACAUUGCUGACGUCACGCACUUCGUCAAGGAGGGAUCGCUAACCGACCUUGAGGCUCGCUCCAGAGCCACCACAUACUACCUUGCGGACCGCAGGUAUGACAUGCUGCCUGCUGUGCUGAGUGCAGACCUUUGUUCCCUGUUGGGAGGGGUGGACAGGUACGCGAUGAGUGUGAUGUGGCAGCUGGACGCCACGUCCCUGGAGGUGUGUAAGGUGUGGUACGGCCGCACCCUCAUCCGCUCCUCCUACCAACUACACUACGAGCUGGCACAGAGCCUGCUCAACGGAGAGGAUGCUGAGGUGCCGGAACUCAGCCGGCUGCAGGCCAAUGGAACCUCGGAGGCGGAGCUUAGUAAGCGGAGGGUGGAGCUUCUGGAGGCCCUGCGUCAGCUGACCCGCGUGGCCAGACACCUGCGUGCCCACCGCGACCAAGGAGGGGCUCUGGAGCUGGAGGGCGUGGAGGUGCGAGCCCAGCUAGACAGCAGCAGGAACAUCACGGCGCUGGUGCCCAAGCAGCCUCUGGAGGUGCACGAGACGGUGGCCGAGUGCAUGAUCUACGCCAACCACUGGGUGGCGCGCAAGAUCCAGGAGAGCUUCCCCCACCAGGCCCUGCUCCGCCACCACCCGCCCCCCAGGCAGGAGUUCUUCAACCAGCUCCAGGACAGCGCCCGCACCCGCGGGUUCACCAUCGACACCAAGUCCAAUAAGGCUCUUGCUGACUCUCUAGACCAGGCUGUGGACCAUAAGGACCCCGUUGUGAACCGGCUGCUGAGGAUGAUGGCCACCCAGGCCAUGUCCAACGCCCUCUACUUCUCCACUGGAGCAUGCGCCGAGGACCAGUACUACCACUACGGUCUCGCUCUGGACCGCUACACUCACUUCACGUCCCCCAUCCGUCGCUAUGCCGACAUCAUUGUGCAUCGUCUGCUGAUGGCGGCCAUUGCUGCUGAUAAGGAUACGGAGCAGGUGCCCAGCACAGCUCUGGCCUCUAACAAGGACCAGGAGGAGCUGGCUCACCACAUCAACAACAGGAACAGAGCAGCACAGCAUGCUCAGAAGCAGUCUACAGAGCUGUUUCAGUCCCUGUACUUCAGGGACAAGGACCCCCUGACUGACGAGCGCUGCACUGCUGACGCCGUCAUCUACUCCAUUAGGGCCAAUGGCAUGCUGGUGUUUGUGCCCAGUUAUGGUCUGAAGGGUGCGGUGUACCUAAAGAACCGUGAGAGCCAGGUGGUGGGGGUGGCGGAGGACGGCAGCUGUAGCUGGCAGGGGGGUACUCUGGACAGGCAGCUGGACCGUAUCAGCACCACCACCGCCACAGGGACACACACCUUCAAGGUCUUCGACCAUAUCACUGUGUGCAUCUCGGUUCAGCCCAACCGCUGCCACCCCCUCAACCUGUGUGUGGAGGUGGUGAGCAGCAAGCCCCACCAGGCCGCCCCCUCCCCAGAGGCUCCGGCGGGCACCGGCGACAAACCCAAGGGCCGUGGCCGCUCCGAGCUGGUGCAGGAGGUGGUGAGGCUGGCCGAGGAGGCUUCCCAGCAGGCCAAGGAAGGCAAGAAGGGCCGCGGGAAACUCUCCAAGCAGGAGAAGCAGUACAGGCAGAGCAAGCAGCCCAACCUCUACACCGUGCUGCAGGAGAUUGCACAGCUGGCUCUGCUGGAUCUGCCGGCCUGUGAGGCCAUGGGUGUGGGGGCAUAGGCAUGGACUGGGGAUGUGGCCUUAUGGGUGUGCACUUGUAUACUAUACUGUGCAACAUGGAGGACAGGCGCAUGCACUUGAUUUUUGACUGGUUUGUUUUGUAUGCAGGGUUGCAUAGGCAUGGAGAUGGGUCCUUACUUGUGUGCACUUGUACACUAUACAGUGCAACAUAGAGGAAGGGCGUGUGUACUUAAACACUAUAUAGUGCACAUGUAAAGUGUGUUGGCUGGAUUGUAUUGUAUUCAGGGUUACAUAGGGAUGGAAAUGUGUCCUGGUGUGUACGGUGCACUUCUACACUAGUGCUCAAUACAAAGGACAACAUGUGUUAAAUGUGUGCAUUUUCACUAGUGCAUCAUCCUAUUAAAAAAACUAGUGUUCAUUUAGCUGGUUUGUAUGGAGGGUUGCCUGUACGCACUGGAAUGGUAGGAGAAACUUGGAAGCGGUCCGAGGCACAUCCAUUGAUAACUGUGGUUUUGAGGGGAGUGAGGUGGUUGCCCAGUAAUGAGAUUUCAGGGAAGUUUUGUUUGCUCCUUAUGAAAUGCACUUCAUAGGAAAUUAGUGGUGUUGGAUUCAAACAUGUAUUUCCUCUGGAUUUUCAAAGACCUGUGGACCGACCAGUUUCCCUUUGUCUCUUAUAGAGACUAAAUGGGGCUGAAGGUGGGACCCACAAUCUACAAAAGCCGAGAUCAAGAGACUGUACACUUUCAUAACCUCAGUGAAUCAUGGAAAUAAUGGAUCAUUUAAUAUGGACUUACUGUACACACAACUUUUUGUUGCUUUUAUGCGGAUACUAUUCUGCACAAUCUGGAUCAAGAACAUGAGUCCAAUUUUAAUCCUGUGGGAAAGUUUUAUACCUCAGCACUGCAUAUUGGACAAUGAGGUGAAAAAUAUUCAUUUUCACCAAACUGGGCAGCUUCCUUGUGUUUGUAAUAAAAUUGAUUUUUGAACAUUA